AUGUACAACUCUAUCAACAUGUCCGACCAGAUCAAGAACAACGAAGAUGGUGAAAAUCACAUCAAUUACGAUUCACACACCCUUGAAGACGGUUCCGGCGAUGGAGAAGGAGCAAUCCAAGAUGUUUCCAUCGAAGACGUUUAUGUUUCCGGUGAUGGAAACCACGCCGACAUGUCAAUUCAACGAUUCGAUGAUUCUAGCCAGCUCACGCUUUCGUUUCGUGGUCAAGUGUAUGUCUUCGAUUCUGUUACCCCUGAAAAGGUUCAAUCGGUUUUGUUACUGUUAGGAGGAUGUGAACUAUCAUCGGGUUCCCAAUGUUUGGACUCAUCGCCCCUAAAUCAGAGAAGUGGUACUGAAUUUCCUACAAGAUGUAGUCAGCCACAGCGAGCAGCAUCCUUGAUUAGGUUUCGUCAGAAAAGGAAAGAGCGGAACUUUGAUAAGAAAGUUAGAUAUGAAGUCCGUCAAGAAGUUGCACUAAGGAUGCAACGUAGUAAGGGCCAAUUUACAUCGGCUAAAAAACAAGAUGGAGCUAAUAACUGGGGAUCUGACCCAGAGUCGGGGCAAGAUGUGGUUCAAUCUGAAACUGCAUGCACGCACUGUGGAAUCAGUUCAAGAUCCACCCCUAUGAUGCGAAGGGGGCCAUCUGGCCCAAGGACACUUUGCAAUGCUUGUGGUCUUUUUUGGGCAAAUAGAGGUACUUUGAGGGAUCUAUCUACUUCUAGGAGAAACCACGAACAACACACUCUUCCGCCACCUGAGCAGGGUACUUUGAGGGACCUUUCUAAUUCUAAGAGAAACCAUGAACCCCUCACUCUUCCACCACCCGAGCAGGUCAGCGAGGUUAAUGACUUGAACUGCGAGACUUCUCUUCCUGCGCAUAAUGAUUCUGUUGAUGAUAAAACAGCUUUGACAUCCGAUCAAUGA